ACUCCAUAUUACUCUUUCUAUCUCUCCCUCAACUUUCUUCAUAAAUACCCCCAUCACCUUCCUCUAUCUUCCCAUCACCUCCACUACUAAUCCAUUCUCUCUCUCUCUCUCUCUCUUCAGCCUCAGCUCUCAACCAUUCUCUUCCUCUUCUUGCUUCAAUGGCGAUCAGGAAAUCUAACAAGCUAGCUCAAUCAGCAGUCCUCAGGCAAAUUCUGAAGAGAUGCUCAAGCUUGGGGAAGAAACAUGGCUAUGAUGAUGAUGGCCUCCCUGUUGACGUACCUAAAGGGCAUUUUGCUGUUUAUGUAGGUGAAAACAGAAGUAGAUACAUAGUUCCUAUCUCCUUCUUGACUCACCCAGAAUUCCAAUGCCUGCUUCGACAAGCUGAAGAAGAGUUUGGAUUUGUUCAUGAUAUGGGACUCACUAUUCCCUGUGAAGAAGUAGUUUUUCGCUCUCUAACAUCAUCGCUCAGAUGAAUAUCUCAACGGACGGUGGUGGUGGUGGUGGUGGUGGUUUCUUGUUUUGCAUGGAGAAGAUGGCUCGCUAUAAGAUCAAGACACACUAUAGACUGCACUAGCUAUAGCUGCUGGCCUUGUCUUUUUUUCAACAUCUUCUCCAUUGUGAUUCUUCUUGAUCUUGGUUUUUUUUUUUCUUUUUCUGUUUUUUUUUUUUCUAUUUGUAUUGGAUCUUUUAAACCCUGGUGGGUUUUUACCUCUAAUUACUAACCUAGAGCCCAUCAAAAUCUUAUGGGUUUAGAUUUGUAUAAAUCAUGUUUUCCUCACAGAUGCAGUCACUGUGAGAGAAGUUUCUAAGCAAUUAAUGCAAGGGUUACGUUUCUCUUUAA